AUGGCAAAAGACUCCUGCCUACUUCAAACUGUCCGCGCAAAUAUGUCGGCUCCAUUCUCCAACACCCACUUGCGCGUUCCUCCCGGGUUUGCAAACAUUCUCUGGUGCUUUGCGCGCGAAGUUCUACGCGUUCAGCCACCUGAUAUACUUAGAUUUGGGAUGGAAUAUUUUGACCACCUGUUGCGGGUAAGACUAGAAACCGGAGAGGAAGAUAUUGCGAAACUUGGUGCCGCGAUCGAUGAUAGGUACUACAACAACCGUUCAUUUGUAAUGUCCACACCUGGGCCGCAUUCAAAUCGCAAUAAACCUCAACCAGGUUACCUUGAUGGCUGCAAACCCUAG